AUGUCGGAAAAUGUGAAAAUAGCUAUUAUUACUGUUUUAAAUCAAAGUGAAUAUUUUUCGCUGCAACUGGAUGAAAGCACAGAUGUUGCUGGCGGAGCUAAUUUAUUAGCUUUUGUUCGUUUUGAGUUGAAUGGUAAUAUUGAAGGAAUGCUGUUUUGUCAGUCUUUGUCGACAAAAACAACUGGCGAAGAGAUUUUUAAAUCUGUUGAUAGCUUUAUAAAAGAAAACGAAGUAGAUAGGUCAAACAUACAUAGAGAGGCUCUUGCAGUUAAAGGUUUGGACGAGUGUCUCAAAAAAACUCUUGAUGGUGCAGUUAAAAUCGUCAACUUUAUUAAAGCAAGGCCUAAAAACUCCAGACUGUUUGGUGUUUUGUGUGAUGAAAUGGGAAGUAAACACAAACAGCUUCUACUUCACUGUGAAGUUCGUUGGCUGUCAAGAGGGGACUAUGAUGGAAAACUUGCAAGUUCUUACUUAGAAUUGGUGACCGAUGAAAACUGGUUGAAACGAUUGACGUAUUUGGCGGAUAUUUUUUGUGCUCUCAACGUUCUUAAUUUAACUCUGCAAGGCAAAGACAUUCACAAGUUUUUUGUGCAAGACAAAGUUGAUUUAAUGAUAAUCAAGCUUCAACGAUGGGCUCUAAAAGUAGAACAAGAUUCCUUCGAUGCAUUUCCAGUCCUACAUGAUUUUUUUGAAACUAACGAAGUUAAAAUUGAUAAAGCAACAGCUACAACUAUACAAGAUCACCUCAAAUCUUUAGCUUCCAACCUCAGAAACUACUUCCCUAAAAUUGAAGAGGAAAUCCAAUGGAUCAGAAAUCCCUUUGAAGAAGAUUACUUGAAAAAAUUGAAAAUAUCUGCAAAUGAAGAAGAUUCGUUGAUUGAAAUAUCAUGUAAUCAGACUUUAAAAUCGUAUUUUAAAAGUACACAAUUAGUGCCAUUCUGGUUAAAUGUUCGGAAAGACUAUGAAUGUGACUGUGAACGUGCUUUUUCUACUUUAAUUUAUUUAAAAAAUAAAUAUAGGAAUAAACUGAAUGUUGAAAGUGAUUUAAGACUAAAACUAACAAGUUUUAAUCCAGAUAUUGACUUUCUCGUGAAGAACAGGCAAUGUCAAAAAUCACAUUAA